CUCCGGCCUUGCGUUGCCUUCUCCAGAUUGUACAGACCUCACCACGCGUUCUUCCUCAUCAGUAUCAGUUUGGCCCUUUUAGCUUCGAAUUCUAUGAUGGCGUCCUCGACAGGAAGGAUAACAUUUCGCAUUGUGGCCGCGAUUCUGGUACUUUCGGUCAUCUUCUACGUCGGUCGCCCGCUCUACUGGAAAAUCUCCGCCACUAUUCACGAGAUCCGCCAAAACAAGCAAACCGUCAAACAAGGUAUUUCACAAAUUGUCCUCGAGGCGCAGAAAUCGGUGGGUUGGUACCAUGACGAGUCUGACUCUGGAAUCCGCGAUGAACGGAAAGCGACGAAUCGGAGGCUUCUGUACGAUGUUUUGUAAGAUUUUCUGAUCGAUUCUCGUGAUUACCUAGAUCUUGACAUUGUCACUGGUGAUGCUGAGAAACUAGUUAAUGUUGCACUUUUACGAUCGUAAUGAGCUUCGUUUAUGA